UCAUGAAUUUUUGCUUAUACGGUGUUACAAUGAACACCAUAAUUAUGUGAUAUGAAUGUAAUUAAGUUUAUAUCAAUUUUUAUACUUAAUUGAACGAAUAUAAAAAACCUAUAAAAUUACUACUUUUUCCUGCAAUAAGGGUUCCAGAGGUUCAACAAAGCGAUUAGCUGGCUGACUGAUAACAAUGUUCAGCUUGGAGGAAGAAUGCUGCCCACGGGAAGGGACUAUGCAAAUCGCAUUUGCGCCGUACGCAAUAUUUGUCAGGAGAACGCCCUUAAGAGUUUCCGGACGGACAGGCUGUCGGCGCUGCGAACCACUGACGCUCUCCGGUCGACGUAUCCCGUGUCAUUGGCAGCUUCCUGGAUAUCAGGAGAAGAAGAACUAAUUCAAUCACAAGAUGACGAAUUCCAUUUAAGAGAUAAUUCUCACACACCGGAAGAGUGCUGGGAUAAGGCCCGCCAUUUACUUCUGCUGGAUGCCAACUUAGGAGAAUUAAGCGAGGACGAACUGGACGAUGCUCUCCUGUUAAGAGAGGAAGAACUGCAAGCCACAGAAUUAAAAAUCCUGGAACUGGAACCUCGACGACUAAAACUUAACAAGAAAAUCAUCCUGCGAAGACGUGAGAAGGACGAGCUUCUACAGCGUCUCAGCGAUUUUGAAAGAAGUUACAGCGGCAAUCACUAUUUCAGCCGAAAGCCGAACGCAGAAUUAUACCAUGUAAGCGCAUCAUAUAACGACACAUACCAGUUGUAUGUGAUGUCCCUCAGAAGGCAUUCCGAGCUGGUUCUCAUGCUGGACGAAAUCGAUAAGGUGAUGCAAAAGCACUGUCAAAACACCUCGACUUCCGGCACGACUACACCAACGAUGGACGAGUUCAUCGAAAGCAUCCAGUCAAGAAUCCGCAGUGAACACACAACGGAAUACGAAGCGGAAGAAAUGUGCUGUCAAACGACCAACGGUGGCUUGGAUGACGUUGGUGACCUUUCAGUGGAAGCGUCUGCCUCAAAUACCGUUCUUCCCAUUUCUCUUCCGAAAGCCGGAUUAAUCUCAGUUUUUCCGCAGUCACUGAAUCAGAGGCAGAACCGGAUACCUCCACUGAAUCUGAUGAAUAUCGAUGACAACGAGGAAGCCACGAGCAGGCAUCCCGCAGUUGUGUUGGAAACACAAAAAGGGAAUCCAAAACAUUCAUCGCACAACGUGUCAGCGACGUUUCGACGCAAUCGUCCCGUAGCGACAAAAUCGAAAGUUACCCUGCCCGUCAUCUCCAGCAGGUGUCGGACGCCGGCUGCUUGUGGAGAUGCGCUGAGUGACAGUGAUUUCUAAUUUUGGAGAAAUUGAAAUAUUAAUAAAAAUAUCCAUGUUAAUGUCAUUACUUCCGUCAAUGCUGAAGUUAAAGUAUUUAUCGCAUGAACAACGGUGCCUUAUAAAAAAGCCUCACGAUCAACAUUUACCAGAAGGAACACGCUCUGAUACCGUCUACUAAUUUUUAACAAUUAGGAAAACAUUGCACAACCAUAGACUGUUCACCGGAAAGCUACCCAUUUCUUUUGGCCUUGUCUACGGUUUGUCCACAACUUUUCCU